GUGAGGAAUUGAAGUGAAAGAGAUUUAUGAAUGGGUUUUUGGUGUGGUUGGCGUAUGUUACAGAUACAUAGUCACAACAAGUUAAUGUUACCACUCUUUCGUCCUCUUUCUUCUUCUUCUUCUUCUUCUUCUUCCUCUAUUUCUCAAGCAGUAGUAACAGUACAAGACCAACAGCAACUACAAAAGCCACAACUGCGAAGCUCACAACUCGUGGCAUUAGAAUAUGCUGACCUCAACCUCUCUUACAACUUGGAUCUGGGUCAUGUCAGAAUCAGACAACAUGUCAACCCUCUCAGUUCUUCUUUCUCUGCUCCUGCGCAAGUACCAGACUGGAACCAGGUCUUUGCAGACCCUGCAUUGCCACUCAUGGUGGAUAUUGGAUGUGGAAGCGGCAGGUUUCUUAUGUGGCUUGCAAAAAGAACACCUAAAGUGAGAAAUUAUUUGGGAUUGGAAAUACGGCAAAGGAUGGUCAAGCGUGCUGAGGAAUGGGUAAAAGAUCUGGCUCUGGAUAACAUACAUUUCUUGUUUGCAAAUGCCCCAAUUUCUUUCAAGCAGUUGGUAGAAUCAUAUCCUGGACCCCUGCAGUUAGUUUCAAUUUUGUGUCCAGAUCCUCAUUUCAAGCAAAAACAUCGUAAAAGAAGAGUUUUGCAGAAGCCUUUGGUUGGUGCUAUUGUAGAUAAUUUAACUCCCGGUGGACAGGUGUUUGUGCAGUCUGAUGUGCUUGAAGUGGCACUUGACAUGAAAAACCAGUUUGAUGAAGUUGAUGAACUUCGACACAUAGAUGGUUCGAACGCUGCUAUAUUGUGUGACAGUGAAGGAUGGUUAUUAAGCAACCCUAUGGGGAUUAGGACUGAGAGAGAAAUUCAUGCAGAAUAUGAAGGAGCGAAAAUCUAUCGAAGAUUGUACGAGAAGAAGCCGAUGUGAUACUCGGUUCACACGCAUAUAAAAACAACAAAAUUUAAAAUUUGUAGGUGUUAUUGAGAAGUUAGAUGAAAGAGUUUAUGGAAAAGAUUAUAGAUUAUUAUUAUGUUUUUCUUUUCAUUGUUUUGCACAUGUCUUUCAUAGUGAUUAUAUUAUGAUUAUUCACUCCUAUGAAGCUCUUUCACAUAA